AUGGUCUGUAUCUCAACCCCGAAGUACUCUAUUUCUCUUAAUGGAGCACUGCAUGGAUAUUUCAAGGGGGAAAGGAGAUUGAGACAAGGGGAUCCACUCUCCCCAUACCUCUUUAUUUUGGGAAUGGAGUAUCUUUCAAGGACUUUAGGUCUUCUGGAGUAUGAUAAGCGGUUCAAAUAUCAUCCCAAGUGUGGACUUCAAAUGAAUAAAGAAAAAUCCACAGUUUUCUUUGGGGGGGUUGAGGACUCUGUAAAAGAAACUAUGAGAGCUCAUCUUUAUCCUUCUGAGGGCUCUUUUCCUAUCAGAUAUCUUGGAGUCCCUCUGAUAUGCAAAAGAUUAUCCUAUGAGGAUUGUAAUUCACUCAUCAGUAUGGUCUCUAGUCAGAUUCAGGCAUGGAAUAAAAUCUGGAAGCUCUCAUAUGCAGGAAGGUUACAA